GCUUCGUAUUAUAUUCUUAUGUGUUAAAAUAAUUAAGUUCUGUUCGAGUUAAAAUGUCGAAUUCAGACGCUGGUGUGGGAUGCAUUAGUGAGGUAACACUUGCAAUUAGUAAAGCAAGAAAUUCUCAGGCGGUGAGAGUUCUUGAUAGUCCCAACUCUGAUGGAUCUGGUCAUUCGAAUUCAUUUACUGUGCAACGAUUUAAUUAUACCACUAAUAACAGUAACAACUCGGAUAUUCUUCAGUUACCCCUUACCAGCGAUGACUUGAGAAUACCUAUUGUUGGUUAUGAGAUUAUGGAAGAAAGAGCUAGAUUUACAGUCUACAAACUUAGAGUUGAAUUGAAAAAUGGUGAUUGCUGGUUUGUGUUUCGAAGAUACACAGACUUUGUUCGACUAUUAGCACAAUUAAAAAGGCAAAAAGUUCCUAUUGCCCAUUUAGCUUUACCAAGAAAAAAAUGGCUUGGCGAUAAUUUUGCUCCAAGUUUCUUAGAAGAAAGGAUAUGUGGUCUUCAAACAUUUGUUAACGGCAUAUUGAGUAGCCCACUUCUUAUAGGCGUUUCGUGUGUAAGAGAAUUCUUCUGUUUGGAUGAACCUCCUGUUUUAUCUGAUACAGCAGAAGAAUCUAGAGCAAUCUUUGAGGCAUUAGAAGAUACAAUAUAUAACUUGAGACAACAACUAAGAGAACGCGAUGCAGCUCUUGCAUCUGAAAAAACUCUUUGUAAUGAAUUCCGAAAAAAGCUUCAUCAGAUAUUCAGUGAAAGACAAACCUGUUCAAAAUGUGGUGCUACCCAAUAG